CUUCCUUACACGAAUCAGAAACCGAAAGCAGCAUGUUUGAUGUUUGAACACGCUAACUGUCAGGAGUUACUACUGCAAUGUUAUGACAUAAAUACAUCAGAGCUUAAGCAGCUCGCUGAAUAUUAUCAGAAGAUCUAGGACUGAACUUUACCUCUAAGAUGAGUCAUGCAGAGGAACAGAGUGACAGGUCAGCUUCACAUGUAUCCAGUUCUGUGUCUAUUAAGAGUGACAACUCCAAAGGUGUUGGAACAAAUUUCAGUGAGAAAACACCAUCAGCUGCCAAAAGUGACAGGUCAGCGUCACCUGUAUCCAGUUCUGUGUCUAUGAAGAGUGACAACUCCAAAGGUGUUGGAACAAACUUCAGUGAGAAAACACCAUCAGCUGCCAAAAGACCGAAUACGUCAGUAAAUAUUGGUGGAGAAAUGACUCGGUGGAAGACGCUAAAACAACAGAAGGGAAUAAAGAGCGAUGCAGAACUGGCUACGUAUCUUCUGAACAGGAUUCAGUUUGAGACAUCAGAUGCCGGCUUCCAGAACGACAGGUUUCACAAACAUGUCAUGGACGGCCUUAUCUGGACCUUUAAGGAUCUUGAGAAUAAAAUAAUCACAUUUCUAAAGAAUGAGUUACAAAGGUUUAAAAAGAUACUGAAGAAAGAAAACACAGAAUAUCACGUGAAGGACUUUCAGGAGGACACACAGAACGUCAAAGCAGCAGCUCUCGAUAUCACACUCCACUUUCUCAGAAGUAUGAACAAAAAGAAACUUGCUCAUAUUCUGCAAGAUGAGCUGGUCUUCAUUCAUCAACGACCACUAAAAUUAAUCCUGAAAAAAAAAUAUGAACGCAUUUCUGAAGGAAUUGCAAAGCAUGGUGAGUUUACACUUCUAAGUGAGGUCUUCACGGAUCUCUACAUCACUCAGGGUGGAGAUGAACAACAUGAGAUAAAUCAGGUUCAGGCCGCUUCCAGACAUCUAGAAUCACCAGACAUACAGUUUAAAUGUACACAUUUAUUCAAGCCUCCUGGACAAGGCCAGACCAUCAGAACUGUACUAACAAAAGGAGUUGCUGGCAUUGGAAAAUCUGUCUCGGUGCAAAAGUUUGUUCUGGACUGGGCAGAAGGAAGAGAAAACAACGAUAUCAGCUUCAUAUUUCCUCUUCCUUUCCGAGAGAUGAACUUGAAAGAGAAAGAGAGACUGAGUUUGAUGGACCUCAUAGUUCAGUUUUUCCCAGAGAUAAAAGGAGUAAAUCUUUCAAGAAAUGACAAGUUGAAAGUUCUGUUCAUCCUUGAUGGUUUGGAUGAAUGUCGUCUUCCUCUGAAUUUUGAUGGUAAUGAGAUAUUGAGAGACAUCACAUCACCUGCUUCUUUGGAUGUUCUCCUGACAAACCUCAUCAAAGGAAAUCUGCUUCCUUCUGCUCACAUCUGGAUAACCACCAGACCAGCAGCAGCCAGUAAGAUUCCUCCUGAGUGUAUCGACCUGGUGACAGAGGUCCGAGGAUUCAAUGAUCUACAGAAGGAAGAAUACUUUAGAAAAAGAUUCACAGAUGAGAAUAUGGCCGACACAAUCAUUGAUCAUGUUAAAAAAUCAAAGAGUCUCUUCAUCAUGUGCCACAUCCCAGUGUUCUGCUGGAUCUCAGCCACUGUGCUCCAGAACAUUCUGGAAGAGAAGAAAAUGGAGAAUUCUGAUGACACGACCAAAACACUUCAGGAGGAGUUAAGCAAUGAUGACACUCCUAGGACUCUGACACAAAUGUACACACACUUCUUUCGCUUUCAGAUUCAACAGAGCAGAAGAAAGUAUGAUGGAGAAUAUUCGCCUGAUAUCUCCUGGGACAUGGAGUCAAUCUAUUCACUGGGGAAACUGGCUUUUGAACAACUGGAAAUAAACAACCUGAUCUUCUAUAAGUCAGAUCUGGAGGACUGUGACAUUGACGUCUCUAAAGCUUCUGUGUAUUCAGGGAUGUGCACUCAGAUCUUUAAACAGGAGACGGGGAUCAUUCUUGGUACUGUGUACUGCUUUGUUCACAUGAGCAUUCAGGAGUUUAUCGCAGCUCUGUAUGCUCAUCUGUUUCUAGACAAGAACAAGAAAUUUGUAUUUGUUCAAGAGCACAAAGAACAGGAAAACAACGAUGAAACAAUGACUGGUUUACUGAAGACUGCAGUGGACAAGGCACUUGAGAGUGACAAUGGACAUCUGGAUCUUUUCCUCCGCUUCCUCCUCGGUCUGUCACUUGAGUCCAAUCGGCCGCUUCUACGAGGUCUGUUGUCACAAGAAGAGAGCAAUAAGCAGAACAACACAGAAAUAGUCCAGUACAUCAAGCAGAAAUUUGAAGAUAAUUCAUGUCCAGAGAGAUCCAUCAAUCUGUUCUACUGUCUGAAUGAACUGAAUGAUCAAACUCUGGUACAAGAGGUUCAGAAGCAUCUUAGUGAAGGAAGUCUGUCAUCUUCUGACCUCUCACCUGCUCAGUGGUCAGCUCUCGCUUUUGUGUUGCUGACAUCAGAUGAGGAACUGGAGGAGUUUGAGCUUCAGAAAUUCAAGAAAUCAGACCAAUGUCUCAUUAGGCUGUCACCCGUGGUUAAAACGGUCAAAAAAGCUCUGUUAAGUGAUUGUAAUUUAACAGACAAGAGUUGUCCAGCUCUGGCUAAUGUUUUGGGAUCAGGCAGCAAUCUGCAGGAGAUCAACAUGAGCAAUAAUAGUCUACAGGAUUCAGGAGUCAAGCUGCUCUGUGAUGGAAUUAUGAAACAAACAAACAAAAAAAAAUCUGAAUUGGAGAUCUUGAGGUUCAGUAAUUGUGAUCUAACAGAGGAAAGUUGUUCAGCUCUGGCUUCAGCUCUCAGUUUAGACUCCAGUAGUCUGAAGGAACUUGAUCUUAGCAAUAAUGAUCUACAGGAUUCAGGAAUUGAGCGUCUCUCUGAAGGACUGAAGAAUAACUGUAAACUUCAGAUACUCAGUGUGUCCGAGUGCAGUAUUGGAGAAGAAGGUUAUAAAUCUUUAUGUUCAGCUGUGAGAUCAAACCCUUCACAUCUGAUAGAUCUGGAUCUCAGAGGAAAUGAUCCUGGAGAAACAGGAGUCAAACUCAUCUAUCAGUUACUACAAGAUCACAAGUGUUCACUCAAGACUGUCAGAUUUCUGAAGAGUUGUGCUGCAGAAGAAGCUUGUGAUUAUCUCUGUAAAGCUCUAGAUGUGUAUCCAUUACUGCUGAAAGAACUCAAUCUGAGUCACAAUAAACUGGGAGAUCUGGAUGGAGAGAAACUCUCGGCUCUAUUGAUGGACUCUCAUAACAAAGUCACCAAAAUCAUAUUGAAUAACUGUGAGCUGACGGAGAAUCAGUGUUCAGCUCUAGCUGCUGUUCUCUCCUGUAAAACCCUCGUGAAGGAGAUGAAUCUCAACAACAGUCGACUGAUGGAUUCAGGACUCAAACACAUCUGUGACAAACUCAAGAACCCUCAGUGUCAUCUCCAGAUACUCAAGUUCAGUAAUUGUGAUCUAACAGAGGAAAGUUGUUCAGCUCUGGCUUCAGCUCUCAGUUUAGACUCCAGUAGUCUGAAGGAUCUUGAUCUUAGCAAUAAUGAUCUACAGGAUUCAGGAAUUGAGCGUCUCUCUGAAGGACUGAAGAAUAACUGUAAACUUCAGAUACUCAGUGUGUCCGAGUGCAGUAUUGGAGAAGAAGGUUAUAAAUCUUUAUCUUCAGCUGUGAGAUCAAACCCUUCACAUCUGAUAGAUCUGGAUCUCAGAGGAAAUGAUCCUGGAGAAACAGGAGUCAAACUCAUCUAUCAGUUACUACAAGAUCACAAGUGUUCACUCAAGACUGUCAGGUUCUUGACAAGUGAUGCUGCAGUGAAAGCCUUUGAGUAUCUGAAGAAAGUUCUUCAUAAGAAUCCUUUACUGGAGAGAGAAGUGAAUCUGAGUGAUCAUAAACUAGACGAGUCAAGAGUGAAUCAGAUCUGUGAUCUACUGAAGGAUAAACACUGUCGCAUCAACACACUCAUUCUCAGUAACAGCAGUAUUACAGCAGGAGGGUGUAUUGAUCUGAUGUCAGCUUUCACUUCAAACCCUUCACAUCUGACACAUCUGGAUCUGAGUAAAAACAAACUAGAAGAUUCAGGAAUGAUGAAGAUCUCUGAUCUGUUGAGUCACUCACAGUGCAGACUACACAAACUCAAUGUGUCCGAGUGCAGUAUUGGAGAAGAAGGUUAUAAAUCUUUAUGUUCAGCUGUGAGAUCAAACCCUGAAUCACAUCUGAUAGAUCUGGAUCUCAGAGGAAAUGAUCCUGGAGAAACAGGAGUCAAACUCAUCUAUCAGUUAACACAAGAUCACAAGUGUUCACUCAAGACUGUCAGAUUUCUGAAGAGUUGUGCUGCAGAAGAAGCUUGUGAUUAUCUCUGUAAAGCUCUAGAUGUGUAUCCAUUACUGCUGAAAGAACUCAAUCUGAGUCACAAUAAACUGGGAGAUCUGGAUGGAGAGAAACUCUCGGCUCUAUUGAUGGACUCUCAUAACAAAGUCACCAAAAUCAUAUUGAAUAACUGUGAGCUGACGGAGAAUCAGUGUUCAGCUCUAGCUGCUGUUCUCUCCUGUAAAACCCUCGUGAAGGAGAUGAAUCUCAACAACAGUCGACUGAUGGAUUCAGGACUCAAACACAUCUGUGACAAACUCAAGAACCCUCAGUGUCAUCUCCAGAUACUCAAUUUGUCUUAUUGCAGUAUUGGAGAAGAAGGUUAUAAAUCUUUAUGUUCAGCUGUGAGAUCAAACCCUAAAUCACGUCUGAUAGAUCUGGAUCUCAGAGGAAAUGAUCCUGGAGAAACAGGAGUCAAACUCAUCUGUCAGUUAACACAAGAUCACAAGUGUGCACUCAAGACUGUCAGGUUCUUGAGCAGUUCUUCUGCAGUGAAAGCCUUUGAGUAUCUGACAGAAGCUCUUUGGAUAAAUCCUUUACUGGAGAGAGAAUUGAAUCUGAGUUAUUUUAAACUUGACGAGUCAAGAGUGAAUCAGAUCUGUGAUCUACUGAAGGAUCAACACUGUCGCAUCAACACACUCAUACUGAGAGAUUGUGGUCUAACAGGAGAAAGUUGUUCAGCUUUAGCUUCAGUUUUAUCAUCAAACACCAGUCUGAAAGAGCUCGACGUGAGCAACAAUCAUCUACAGGAUUCAGGAGUGAAGAAACUUCAGACGGGAUUAGAAAAUAUUCACUGUCAGCUCCAGAAACUCAGUGUGUCCGAGUGCAGUAUUGGAGAAGAAGGUUAUAAAUCUUUAUGUUCAGCUGUGAGAUCAAACCCUUCACAUCUGAUAGAUCUGGAUCUCAGAGGAAAUGAUCCUGGACAAACAGGAGUCAAACUCAUCUAUCAGUUACUACAAAAUUCAAAGUGUGCACUCGAGACUGUCAGGUUCUUGAAAAGGGAUGCUGUACUGAAAGCCUUUGAGUAUCUGCACAUAGAUUUUGGUAUAAAUCCUUCACUCCAGGGAGAAGUGGAUCUGAGUGAUCAUAAACUACACAGCUCAACUCUGAAACAGAUCUGUUUACUACUGGAGGAUAAACCCAGUAAACUCAACAAACUCAUGUGAGGCCUUCAAAA